AUGGCGUCCCAGCCUGUGCUCAGUCCCCUUCUGGCCCUCCUGGGGCCACCCCGGGGCUCCUUCCAGCCGCUGCUUUUCACCGCCCUCUCCCAGAAUUCCAUGGGACACCCAGACGGAGGCCCACAGCCGGGGAUCUCUGGGGCUGCUGCCGCCCAUUUCUUUCUCGAAAUCGAAGGCUUCGAACCCAACCCGGCUGUCAACAAGCCUUCUCCUCCCAUCUUCCCCAAGCCCAUGGACUCCAACAUCCGCCAAUGCAACCCUGGGAACUGUGAAGACAUGGACUCCCCCCAGUCUCCUCAGGACGACAUCACGGAGACCCCCUCCAACCCCAACAGCCCCUGCGUCGGUCUGGCCAAAGAGGAGCAGAAGAGGAACAGAAAGAGACUGAAGAAGCGCAUCUUUGCGGCCGCGGCCGAGGGCAGCGUGGAGGAGCUGGGCGGCCUGCUCGGGGAGCUCCGGGAGCUGGCCAGGAGGUGCAGGACCGUGGACACGCAGGACUACGUGCUGCACAAGCUCACAGCCUCGGACACAGGGAAGACCUGCCUCAUGAAGGCUCUGCUGAACAUCAACCCCAACACCGAGGAGAUCGUGAGGAUCCUGCUCGCCUUUGCUGAAGAAAAUGACAUUUUGGAAAGAUUCAUCAAUGCUGAGUACACUGAGGAAGCCUACAGAGGACAGACGGCCUUGAACAUCGCCAUCGAGCGCAGACAGGUGGCCAUCACCGAGACCCUGAUUGAGAAGGGGGCCGACGUCAAUGCCCACGCCAAGGGUUUGUUCUUCAACCCCAAGCACAAGCACGAAGGCUUCUACUUCGGAGGGUCGCCCCUGGCCCUGGCGGCCUGCACCAACCAGCCGGAGAUCGUGCAGCUGCUGAUGGACAACGAGAAGACGGACGUGGCGGCGCAGGACUCGCGGGGCAACAACAUCCUGCACGCGCUGGUCACGGUGGCCGAGGACUUCCAGGCCCAGAACGACUUCGUCAAGGCCAUGUACGACCGGAUCCUGCGCAGGAGCCGCGACCCGGCGCUGGAGACGGCGCAGAACAAGGACGGCCUCACGCCGCUGCAGCUGGCGGCCAAGACCGGCAAGUCGGAGAUCCUCAGAUACAUCCUGAGCCGAGAGAUCAGGGAGAGGCCGCACCGGAGCCUGUCCAGGAAGUUCACCGACUGGGCUUACGGGCCCGUCUCGUCCUCCCUCUACGACCUCACCGACGUGGACACGAGCUCGGACAACUCCGUGCUGGAGAUCAUCGUCUACAACACCAACAUCGACAAAUGCAGCCGGGCGGCAGACCGGAUGAGGGAAGGACAGGCCGACGCCAUUUCCACGCAGGCCGCCUCCCCGUAA